AUGAAACACCGAACUAAAAAGAACAAUCCAUCAAAAGGGAUAGCAAAGAAACGCAAAAGGCAAGAGAAGUUCAAAGAGUUCAUCAAGAAGGAUCCUCAAUCCAUCGAAGCAAAAUACGCCACUCAUGGACAACUGAAUUUGAAUUUCGUCGAUACUCAAAUAACAACAGUGUCAUACCCAUGGACUAGAGUUACUCCAAACAGGUUACAACACCUGACGAAGCCAAAAACAUUGCGAACACUACGACAAAUAUGCGCAGCAACCAUCGCUUUACAGUCGUCCAAAAUUACCCCAGACUUAUUAAGGACCUUGCCAUGGUCGAUUUGGAAAGUAGUAUGGACAAUGAUCCUAGGCAUCAACACUGAUUCAAUUCAAGUGUAUACUUUAUUUCUAAAACAUUUUGGCCACUUUCUGGAUUUCAAGAGUCACAAAGCGCACAUUAUGAAUGCUCGAGAUGAAACCAUUGCCUUUACCCAAAUACCCCAGAACCGACUACAUCGAAUCGAAACAGUAUUCUCCAAUAUCGUCAUCUCGGACAUGAUUGAGGAAAUGUUGAAGUUAAAGACAUUUGUAAUUUUGGAUAUGUCACAUAUUCCCAAGUUGGUAAACUAUGAAGAAUAUUUUCUGAUUUUCAAUAUCCCCUAUUUGGUUUGUCUUGAUUUAUCAAAUCAUGAUAUAGAUGACACAUUUUUACAACAUUUAAGCUCCUGUAUUUCUGGCGGUAGCAAAUUAACCCGGUUGAUUUUGAUUAAAUUAGUCAAUACGAAAGUGACACAUCGAGGAUUGCUCAAGUUUCUCGACACAGUUCUGUUUCACAGUUGCAAACUUGAUUACAUUCAAGUUGACUUUGAAAUCAAGCAUAAGCACUGGUCAUUCAUGGGACCGGGCCAACUGAAAAUUGUGCAAAAUAUGCCGAUGGGAUUGAGCAUGAAUGCAUUGAAGAGAUCUGUCACUAUUUCCAGUAAUUCGUCUAUCCAAAAUGUGCCUAUGUCAAAAAUACCCAUCCUUGACAUAUUCAUAGCAAACGAACAGUACAACCCACAUGAUUUAGAUAGGGUGUGGCAUUCCCGAAACAAGAUGUUGAAAAUUAAUAAAAGCAGGACCACGUACGUAUAUGAAAAGACGUCGUCCAUCGAUUGGACGAAAAUUGAUGAGAGUAUGGAUGAGGAGAAGCCGCAACGACUAAAGAAAUCAGCAAUCAAGACCAAUGCCAAAGACUUUUUCUGUAUGUAG